AUGUCAACCGCGGUUGCGCCUGCGACGGCGGCACCACUGGCUUCUUCCCAUGUCGAUAGAGCAUCACUAGGUCCCUCAUCUGCAAUGCCGGUUUCUCUAAUGUCCUCCGGUUCACAAGAUGGAGGCCCAGGAAGGUCAAGCCCAAGCCCCGAAGGGAAGAAAACUCCUAACUCAAAUGCCGCACCUAAGAUCAUCGUGAAGAAAGAACCUCCCUCCUCGCCCACAAUGCCCACUCAAACGAGGCCUCGACCCAGAAAGCUAGAUCUCUCUGCUAGCACAUUAUCAGUUCGCGGUCCAGCAGGCCCGAUGACUGCUCGCGACGGUUUGGGACUGCACGAGGUCGGUUUAGCAUGCUUAUCACCCGGCUUUCAGACACACGACCCCGAACGACAAGAACAAUUACAGCGCAGUAUUGCAGUACGCGAGCAGCAGAGAUCUAUAAUUGAAUCGAGACUACAAAAAUCCGCAAAAGGCGAUAGCGGCGAUUCAAACAAACCCUCCGACUCGAAUCCUUUUGGUUCUUUGAAAAUGGCCAAAAAACGCCCCCCUCCUGGCCUCUCUAUCGUCCCUCCUUCAGCUUCUCAAUUUGCAAACGAACGAGUUGUACAAUCUGCUCCUUUAAACAAGACAUUCACUGGUCGCCAUGACCCAAUGCCUAUCACCCGUCACCUCAUCGGCCACACUCCCAACCUUCCUUCGCCUUCUCAUAUCCACCAUGUGCCGGCCCAGCAAACCAACAAUCGUUUACCUCCGAUUUCAGAUGUCUUUGGUUCUGACUUGAAUUCAAAGGAACGAGAACGGGAGCGCAAUGGAUUAUUUGCUGCCUCUGGAGUCAACUCUUCUUCACAGUCCACCACCACCGUAUCUACAAUUCCUCCAUUCUCAUCUUCUCCAGGUCACAGUGGCACCUCUCAACAACGCCCGCGAGAGUACCGAUCCGCCGAGGAAGCAGUCCAAGAGCUUACUGGAGGUCGGGAAGAACUUUUGCCUCGUAUUGUUCACUAUAAUGGUCACCAACAACCGGCCACUCCACCUUCACCCUACGGCAAUGGCAACGUAGGUGCCACAUCCACGCAACAACCUUAUGCACCACCUCCCAGCCUGGGAACUUCUCGUCGUCGCACGAGAGAUGAGUAUGAGCAGGACAACGGUAGUCCUCCACUAGGCGCAGGACCCGACAUGAGAUUUCGCAACGGACCAGGCCCAGCAGUGCCAUCAUAUGGGCCUUUUGGAGCCGGUCGCGACUCACCAGAGACACAGAGAAAAAAGAAGGAAGAAUUCUUGUCUCUCUGCUCACGAGCAUGGGACCUUUUCCACUCAUAA